GUCUGCAUUGGAAAGUUUUCAAUGACAUGGACUUCCCAGAUAACUCUCUGUCUCUGAGAUCGAGCUUGACGUUUGGAGAGACGCUGUGUGCGGUUUUCAUACCAUUGAUUGCAAUAGCUGAAGCCUUGUUUUUCAGUUUAUCUGGUUGCUUCGAUUUCUAUCGUCCUAAAAAGAAGAUCUAUUCUUCUACAUUUGAUGAUAUUAUCAACCUCGCUAAGGAUUCUCCAUUUACUGUUAAUGAAAUUGAGGCAUUGCGUGAGAUGUUCAAGAAGUUGAGUAGUUCAAUCAUUGAUGAUGGCCUCAUACACAAGGAAGAGCUCAAAUUGGCACUAUUGAAUACCACAGCUGGCGAGAAUCUUUUCCUUGAUAGGGUGUUUGAUCUCUUCGAUGAAAAAAGAAAUGGCGUUAUAGAAUUUGAGGAGUUUGUGCAUGCGCUCUGUAUCUUUCAUCCUUAUACUCCUAUGGAAAAGAAAAUUGAUUUUGCAUUUAGAUUGUAUGACUUGAGACAGACUGGAUAUAUUGAGCGAGAAGAAGUUAAGCAAAUGGUGGUUGCUAUUAUGUCAGAAUGUAGGAUGGAUCUGGAAAAUGAAGUCCUCGAAGCCAUUAUUGAUAAGACAUUUCAAGAUGCUGAUGCUGACAAGGAUGGUAGGAUAAGCAAAGAAGAGUGGAGAGCAUUUGUUGUUCAGCACCCAACACUAUUGAAGCCGCUGACUCUUCCUUAUCUGAAGGACAUCACCACAGUAUAUACCAGUUUCAUUUUCAACACCGAAGUUGAGGAUUCCCACUGGCAAUACAAUGUCAAUCAUAAAUGUUAAGGAGUGGAAGCCUGUUCUGUUGCAUCAGCGGUUACUGUUCUGAGAAGUUGAUUGUGCGGUUCCACUCUCCCAGUGUUCAUUCCGACCAGAGAAAAAUUAUGGAAAGUGGACCAAACCACCACCCCUCAAGUGGUGUUGUUCAUAAAUCUGAUCCAAACCGAGUAAGCCGACUAAAUUGGAUCAAAUUACGGAUUGGUUUGGUUUGGUAUGUUUCCUGUACAUCUCGGUUUGGUGCGGGGUACCAAAUUUAUUUGUGCAGUUCAGGAAACCAUUUUUGAAACAUUGAAAAUAUAUUUAUUAUCAUGAUUAAAAUGUUAAUAGAUAACACAACUCGGUCCAAUUUGACUGACCAAAGUUGAUUUGCAAUGGGUUUGGCAGUGGGCUAGUCCAUAAAUCUAAAAAAAAUAUAUAUCUUAAUUAAUUAUUGUAAUUGUUAAUUUUUUAUUUUUUAAGAUUACGUAAAUAAA